GCCCACCGUCGCCCCCCUGCGGCCUUUUCUCGCCACAGCCACGCGCGUCAUAGUGAACAUAAUUGCGCGCAGCUGCCGCUCUGUAAUGUCGCUCAGUUUGUGGCGCACGCGGUAUGCGUCCACGAGGAUGGUGAAGGACGAGCCUCUCGUUUGCAGAAAAGAUGCACAACGAACACAAAGUGGUUGAUUGACACGCCAAACCACGUGUGGCCGCACGAUUGGAAUCAAUCGAGAUCAGCGGGAGAGAGAGAGAGAAAAAAAAAAGCCCUUUUCAAUGUCCACUGGGAUGACAUGUCGCACCCACGUCAGAGCAGCCCACCCACCCCCAGCCUGAGCGAGGGUUACCCGGUGCCCAGCCUCACCCUGGUGGUCCUGCUGCUCAUCCCCGCCGUGGUCGUGCUGCUCCUGCUCAACUGCCUCUUCCUGGGCUACAAGCUGCUGCUCCUCUCCAAGGCGAGGCCUCGGCCGCGGUCCCCAGACGACGCGGUGGGGUUCCUGCAGCGGGCCCGGAGGUCGCCCGACGCGGAGGUGUUCUCAACCCGGAGGCCGUACAUGUCGCUGUCCGAGCCCGCCCUGCCUCGGCCGCGGGUCACCUCCUCCAGGGCUUCUUCGUCCGGCAGGGGGCAAGGGAUCUGGCUGCUGAGGCCGGGGUCCGGGUCGAGGACGCCCAGCAGCAUCCGGGCGGCGGCGGCGGUGGCGGUGUCGGCCUCCUCCUCCUCCUCCCGGGCGUCCAGAUUCAGCAAUGCCGAGAGGCGUCACAGCGCGCCGGGGUUGUCUCAGUCCAGCGACUCGGAGGCCGACACCAGAGGCAACCUGGUGCCGCCCAACUCUCCCACAUGCGUUUACAAGGAAGCGGAGCACAUGGCUGGCAUCCGUCGAACGAGCGCGUACGGGAUGCUGACCGAGCCGAGCCCGGGCGCGCUACACCCGCUGGACAAAGUUUACAUGGAGUGCGAUUUCUACAUCCAGCCACCCUCUGAGGGUUCCUGCCCCAACACGUUGGCAGAGGGCUCCGGGCUGGACAGCGACUUUGGUGCCAGUGCAGUUGCCAAAUUGUGUUCAAGGUGUGUCCCUGCGGAUUUUGUCGGCGGACAGCGACGGCUUGUCCAACGGCGUGCUGACGUCAGCGUUGGAGUGGGACUAUUACGACCCGUGCUACGUCAAGCAGAACCACGUGCCCAAACACAAACACCACUGGCCUGCCGUGCACAGCAAACAGUACUGGGUGUAAAAAGUCCAUUUACUUUUGAGUGUCUAUUUAUAGCUUAUUUAUUCUAUUUAAAAAUGUGGACAUAAUUUAGUUUUAGUUUGUCUCACUUAUCACAAGGACUUCGGCUCGCACACUUUUUGAAUGCAUCAGAAUGAAUUUGUUCAAUGUAUAUUUAAGUUUCACAAUGUUUAAAUAUUCGUUCAUUCUACACCUUUCACAUUUAAAUUCUCUCACAAUUGCACCAUGUUCACCAAGUUUGUUUGAUUCACCAAUAAAGGGUAAUUAAAAAAAACAAAAAAAAAACACUUUGAAACAUGUAGUGGAAGUUGCGCUGAUGUCAUAUUUACUUUUUAAAAAAAUGUACACCAAGUACGAUUUAACUAAAAAUUACAAUAAAAGGUUUUAUUUCUAAAAAGUGUAUUUUUGUAUCCACAAACAUUUUGCAGUUAAAACAUUAACACUGUGCUUGAAUAACGUACAUAAAAGCUAUGUAUUGCACAAAUAAUGCACCGAAAUGUUUGAAAACAUGCAAACGUAUGUGCUUGAAUAAAACUAAACUCUACCACAAGAGGGAGCUUGCGUACCACUAGAUUACUUUUAGUAUUACUGCUCUAGUGCACGCUUGCACAGCCAUCAAACCAGCAAUUAUUAGGCUUCCCACAAAGAACAUAUUAGGUAAGAGUCACGGAGUAUAACUAGCCACAUGCCUAAUCGGUAAACAAACACAUUGUAGCUCAGCUUCUGGCUAGUGGAUGUCACGGCUAACAUAU